UCGCGCCCUAAAUAACGAGCCAUGUCAAGUCAACUCAAACUAUGAAAGUUGUGUAUUUUUGAGUGUUGUUUGUCGCAAUUUUUCGAGUAAAUUUCGAAAAUUAUGCUACUUUCGCCGAGCUAUAGAUAAAACUUCGAAGAAGCUCUCUUUCUCAUGUCAAAAGCGUUUUUUUCCCAAGAAAAAUAAAAUGGAGAAUGACCGAUUAAGUGGCAAAGAAACUAAGAAGGACGGCAAUGUCGAAGCUAAACCUAAGAAAAUUUUAGGUUUAACCACUACAAUGGCCUUGAAUACACUGCAUCGUGAUGUUGGACGUGUUUUGCAGGAGUAUGAAGAGGAUUACAGGAAAAAUAAAAAAUACAGAGGUUGGCUGAAGGAUACUUUGCAUCAUCGCAGCCAGUAUACGACGCUCUGUUGGACAUCUGCAAUUGCACUAUUGAUCAAUGCCGUUAUCCUCAUGUUUGUGUUCUUUGCACUUAAUGAAACACGGUAUUCUACACUGCCAUACGAAGGACUGAUAGUCUGUUGUUUAGUAGUAUUGAAUUUUAUUUUAGUGAUGUUGGAUAACAAAUUACGACACGAGGAGAUUCCUCAUAGAGUGAAAAUACUUCUUAACCAACUUAAUGUUGCACGUUCUACAUGUCGAUGGAAGCCCGAGAACUACCCGCAUCUAUGCAGUCCGCAAUCCCCUUGCCUGACCUUGCAAUGGACGUAUCGUGACGGUGAAAUAGUCAACUUGCCGUGGGCAUUAUUGGUAGCCGGUGACAUAAUUGUGAUGAAGCCAGGCCAACAAGCACCUGGAUAUUGCACAUCAUAUGAUGAUCCAGAAGCGCCAGUCUUGCACGCUAAAGAAACUUAUAAUCCACCAGUCCACAGCGCCAACGAAAUCUUCUCCACACCGCAGGCUCGCGUGCCUUUGAAAAACAAGAUCUACAAACUCCAGGAGACGCCAUACCUGGUGAAUCUACGAAUGGCACUGGAUCAGGCACUCAAUCGACCAGUCACUUAUCAUAAUCGCAAGCGUCAUUUGCUUAUGAUCUGUUGUAUUGAACAUCUGGCCUAUCCAAUACUUCUGAUUAUUAUUCUCGUGGUUAAUCUGCUGCGUUAUUUGUAUCCGACGGACUAUUUCGGUACUGGCCACUGGAGUGAAAUGUUCCUGCUGCAACCGAUCGCCGUGAGUCUUCCCUUGUUGCCGUUGAUGUUCCCCUCCUGCUGGAUAUUUCUCAAUUGCUUUGGCAUGGCUCGCUUUAAGGCAUUGUUCAAGCUCUACUUAUCAGCGAAAAAACUUCAGUUUAUAGAUCCUUUUGAAGAUGCGGACAAUAGUCCCAGUCAUCCAGAUGUAGUGUACAAUUGGCUUGAACUCAAGAAAUACUUUUUCGACAUUUUUUUCGGCAAGGAGCACAUGAUGUCACGAUCUGCGAGUAUCUUGCACGUUUUAGGUUCCGUGACUGCAUUAUGUUGCGUGGAUAAGAAGGGACUUCUGUCAUGGCCUAAUCCCACAGCGGAGAAAGUAUUUUUCCUCCGUAACGCGAAUAAUACUUUAUCACCAAGUUCGAGUACCGGUAGCGUGGAUAAAACAGUGGAUAAAACCCAAGAAUCCGAAGAGACGAAGAUAAACUCCAAUAGAACGUCUUAUGUACAACACGAUAUGUCGCAUUCCGCCGCCGAGGUAUUGGAUCUCACGCAUGAUCACGCUCUGCCAUUCCGACUGCAAUUCGACGAUCAUUCGUGGCGACAGCAUCUCAACUCAUUGAAGCCGCUUGGUCUAGCAAUUCUCCUCAAUACUUGCAACAUGGAUACGCAGGAGCAUUACACGCAGUUUUGUUGCCAUGUAACUUGCGAAGCUCUAUACAACGAGAAUCUGGUCCCAGUUACGAACAGACGAUGUCUGUGUGAACUAGCAAAGCAAAUCGGCUUUCAAGAUCAAGCGCAAAAAAUUUUUCAAUUGGAGCAACAACUGUACACAUUUAGACAUGUGCAACCAGAAAUGGUCAGACGGGAUAUAAAAUUCGCGCGUUCGUUGAGCAUCGCGACAAAGUUGAAGUUUCCAUUCCCUCACAUGGUUGCUGUGGUCGUGAAGGAGCGCAGCGGCGGUGGCCUCCAAUUAUUAACGCAAGGAACUGCUGACAUAAUUUUGGACUCAUGCAUCGAAUAUUGGGACGGUCACGAUCUCUGUCCUUUUUCCGCAUCGGACAGAAAGAAAGUGCAAGAUUUUUAUCAGAGAACAAGCCUGACCUCGUACUGCACCGCGUUCGCUUAUCGGCCAUUAACACGUGCUAUCAGGGACAAGAUGUCCGAAAUAUAUUUGGAGCUUCCUGCGGACAGUAAACACUUGUACACACCUCAUAGGAGUCCAACCCCUCUACCAUGGGACUUUAGAAAUGUUCUUGAUCCUAGAGUACGAGGAAUACUGGGACAGUUUCAUUCGACAGAUUCCUUAUUGUGCAACGAAAAUAAAGAUGACGAUGUGAGCGAUAUCGAAGGCUGCUUUGACAUUCAGUGCAAUCAAGUCUUCAUCGGCAUGGUUACUAUGCAAUAUCAGGCACAAACGGAUAUGGUACAACUAAUUGAACAAUUGGACAGGGCAUGCAUAAGAUUCGUCCAUUUUAGCAAGGAAAACGAGUUGCGCUCGCGCGUCUUCUCAGAGAAGAUGGGUUUGGAGAGCGGUUGGAAUUGCCACAUCUCGUUACUUAGCGAGGGAGCCAGCACUAAUCUAAACAACAGUCGAGCGAUGAGUAUGUCAGCGCCGAGUGCCAUUAACACGGACUUCACGACAGUGAAGUUCGAUGACGAGACCACCGAAUGGAACAACACAGGGACCUCACAGGCCAAGAGCGCCAUGAGUCACAGGGAACAGGACACGAUGAGAAGCGAGGACAGUGUUCUGGUGCAAAGCGUCGAUUUGGGUUCGGGUCAGGAAGCUUGGAGAUCCUUGAGUUGCCUCACCGAUAGCACUGAGCAAAGCGCGCCGGUCAAUUUUGAUCUGUCCAAUAGAGCAAAACUGCCGAGAGGCAUAGACAAGAUACGUCCACAUAUAGAGCUAAUCGACAACGUACCGUUGCUCGUGUCUUUAUUUACUGACUGCAACACCACGGUGACCCGCGAGAUGCUGCACAUCAUGCAAGAUUACGGUGAAGUGGUAUGUGUGCUCGGCUCAUCCGCCAACGCCGAGAACAUGCCGAUCUUCAUGCAGGCUGACGCCGGAGUGGCAGUGGAGCCAUUGUAUCCCCAAGUGUGUCAGAAAGUACCCGUCCUAGUGCCCACCACGGAAGACCAAGGAAUCUCUCCCGUCGAUCUCAGUAGAACACUCAACUCUGUUGCGUGCUCGCUAAGUGUGAAGCGCGAAGAUCCCGUGGCAAUUUUCCACCUCAUUAUGGAGGCUCGUCAUUACAUGAAGAAUUUGUGGAACUGCAUACAAUUUUGGCUAUGUUGUUCGGUUACACUUGCCUUCACACAAACAUUGUCAGCGUUUUUGCUACUACCGCCGCUGUUCUCCAUCGAUCAGAUACUUUGGCUGUGCUGCUUCAUCAUUCCUGUGUUGUCGACAUCCAUGAUCGCUACGCCAAUAGAUUCGACAAUAAUGCAACGCGCGACCGGGAAGAAUCAGUGCAUAGUCAAUGGGGAGAUUAUGCUAUUCGUGCUGUGGUGUUACGGCAGCAAGUUCCUGCCGACGGUGAUCUCGGUGAUCCUGUCGCAGUGCAUCUCCUUCCUGUCCCUUUGCCCCGUCUACAUGCCGCAAAACUCCAAGUGCCUGUAUAUAUAUCCGGAUCCACGGGACCAGAUUUGGAGCGGCUGGGGUAGCAAACCUAUCGUCAUCCUAGUCGUGCAGCAUUUUGCUCUGACCCUUAUAGUCUUGCACUUCGUUACAAUAUCUGUCAGUUUUGUGCAUAGAGAAUACUCGAUAUGGAGGAAAAAUCCUAUGAAUAAUUUCACUUGGUUUCUCAGUGUGUUUAUUGUACUAUGUGUGCAAAUGGUGUUCUCUGGAGUAGUGUUCCAUAGAUUUUGGCAAGAAGAAGGUAAAAGAAUCGAGAACUUUCCGAUAUACGUGCCAUUAUUUUUUUUGCUCUCUAUUCCAUUGACAUUUGCAAUUAACGAGUUGAUCAAAUGGCAAGAAAUCAAAGUCAACGUUAGGUACCAAAAAAGAGCACGUCUAGAAUUUGGCACAAAGCUUGGAAUGAAUUCGCCAUUUUAACUCAGUUCCCGACAUCAUUUGUCUUCAAAGUAUCACAAAUGUUUAGAAGAAAAAAUACGGGUAUAAUAUUAAGUAUUGUAACUUGACUAUUACAAGAUAACUUGAACAGAUUAUUGAGGAUCAAGCACAGAUAAAGAUAUAUAUAAUACAAAGGACCACGCACACGAACAUUGGAAAUCUGGGCACCGGUCAAAUUUCUCCAAACUUUGGGAUUUUUUAGCUUAUGACCCCCCAAUCAAAAGUUCUUAUGGGCCCGAACCUCCAGGAAGUCAUGGAAAAGAGUUAUGGGGUAUGGAAGACGGAAUAUAAGUAGUCGAGUAUACACGUUUUUACCCUUAAAAUGUCUCGAAUUCGAGGGGGUCUAUUAUGAUAACUAAUCGGACAAAACUUCUUGAACUUGGAGAGGGCUAUCUGAUAGUCUGGCCCAAUCUUGGCUAUAAAGUCUAACUAGGGUCCGGUAGGGUCGAGUAAGGGCCGAGCCAGGUUUUUAUAAUGAAAACCUGGAUUCAUCGCAGAAUUAGAUUCUGUGAAUAGGAAUAUAUUCAGAUAUGAUAUUAACAUUUCAUAACCGAUCAAUUAAGGCAAGAUCUGGUGUGGUUAAAGAAAUGGGUCCAGGCCCCACCGAAUAUCAUUAAGUUCAAGAGAUUCAACCCGUAAAAACGUGUAUACUCGAUUACUUAUAUUCCGUCGACUUCCAUACCCCAUAACUCUUUUCCAUGACUUCCUGGAGGUUCGGGCCCAUAAGGACUUUUGAUCGAGGGGUCAUAAACUAAAAAAUCCCAAAGUUUGGAGAAAUUUGACCGGUGCCCAGAUUUCCAAUGUUUGUGUGGAAGCGUGGUCCUUUAUAUUUUCUCUUAUAUGAAUACUAAAAUACAUA